AAGGCCCAGCCAGACGAACCAGCGAGGACGACGCAGGGGGCAUAACCUCCCAGUAACCUUGUAUUGGUGCAACUGUUACCAACCGAACGUGAGCCGUCUCACCGGUAGACUUCAAGCAGCAUAGUCUGUAGCGGGGAGAAUUCAGAAACGGUCGCUGUCUACGCGGAACGUAGAUAGUGUACAGCAGCCUCGCUGCCCAGGACUCUUCUCUACAUCGACCACACCCCCAAUGUACGAACAUGGAUCGAUCUUCGUCAACAACGGUGGCCAAGUUCAUCCAACGCUUUCGUCAGAGUGAGCCCCUCCCACGUGAAGAACGGCGAAGACGAAGGGAAGAAGCGACGGAGGGAGAUUUCUGGUGGACGCGAUCUCAAGAGAAAUUUGGUGAGGCAACUGAAGCGGUGCGAUCGAGGUGUAACGAUAUCGAAGACCUGCCAAGCACCCACGUCGCAGAAAUCGUGAAACCUCCUCCCUACCUGGAAUCGGGCAAAGGCAAAUCACCUCAACCCAGCAUCGGAAGCCCUUCGAAGCAAAGCGAAUCUGAUGAUUGCGAGAACAAGCGCCGAAUGCUUGACCAGCUUGCUGUCCUUGAGGGAUCACAAACCCCCCUCAAUUCACCUCCAGGGCGUCCUGCCCAUGAUGAAUUGCCCACACAACUUUCCACAAGCGGGUCGGAGGCGCCUGAGCUCGUGAACGACAGACUGGCGACGGCAGAGGUGGAGGCGGCCGAUACAAAUGUAGACGAGACGGGAGUACACGUGUCAAUUGGUCUUGACGCUGAAAGCUUGGUGCAGGACAAAUCCAUCAAUGCGUGUGACAGAGGAGGUGACGAACUUGAGACUCUAGACGUCCGCGCCCGCACUUUGCUGGAAGAAUGCCGGCAGGUGCUCGCACCGUCAUCAACCAUCACAUUAGAUCAGGUGCGGUCGUUUACAUCUUCUGCUUCUCAAAGCAACGGGCCAAUCAUCGCCGCGUUGGAUAACCUUCCAGAAGAGCUGGAGAAACGCGCGUGGAUGCUUUUGAACAACUGCGAGGAGCCGCCACUGCUGCCAACGUACAACGAGGAGGUUCUAGCAGUGCCUUGCAGCAGCAAACCUCCUGCUCUUGAUACACAGGGCGAUCUCGUCCGCCUAGGUGAGGACGACGGAAAAACAGCAAAGGUGCUCCUUCGCAGGAACCCUCCGGGGGGCGUCGUCGCUAGACCCUUUGGCGAAAGGGAAGGCGCGUACCACUUGGACCAGGAACGUGGCUGGCAACCAACAUGUUCGAGCGAUGUUGGAAAUUUGGGCGAUGUUAAUGUCGACUCGAUAGGGCGUGUUUUCCCCACAAUUACGGACUCAAGAUAUUCGAACAAUGAGCGCACCUGGUACAGCCCAGCAUUGGACAGCAGUGGUGUUCAAGAACGGAUGUCGUCGAUGACGCUUGCAACAACCCCCGGGGAGGAAGACUGGUUUCGCCGAGAUCCUGUACUCUCGGCAUUGCUGCGGCGCCAUGAUGAGGUCGAGACGGAGCUCAAGAGGCGGCGAGCACUCGAGCCAAACGGCGAUUUGGUGUCCUAGCCCUUGUGGUGCAAAAGCAGGAUGUAAAUACACG